CUUAGCACCGGUGCCGACGUAGAUAUCGCACUCGAAAUAGUCGAUGCUCGACUGGGCUCUGAAUAUGUCGUCGUCCAUGAGGUUGUGAGUCGCAGGAAUAAUAGGAAGCGUGGUCCGGAUCCCAGUGUCGGCCAACCAGAACCAAGGCGAACUGGCCAUCAACCCCGCCAUGGAACUAAUAUGGUUGAUCCGAAAAUUGCUGAUCAGCCUGGCGGGCUGCUAAAGGCUGCAAAACUUCAUACAGCUUGCUUAUCGUUGGCAAGCAGCACGAAUUUCCUCAAUCACUCUCCGUUCCACCACGAAUUCGAUUUCCACCCUCAAUUAAAGAAACAAAAUGUUCGGUCUCGCGGGUCGUUUUCGCAGCAAGGCGCUGCCGCUGACGCAGCGCAUUCUCAAGGCAAAGCUGCACCAGCCGGCACUCCUGCCAUACCAGCCGGAGAAGGGUCUGGCGCCGUUCCUGUCCGCACAGUCCGUGGAUUUCCUUUACAACAUGCGCCAGUGCGAGCUGGUGAACAAUGUGAACCGGCUGACAGAGGGUACUGACUUUGAAGGCAAGGACCUGUACAAGGUGAUUUUCGAUGCAGCGAUCGAUCCGGCGCAGACGGCGCUGCUGAACAACGCGUCGCAGGCGUGGAACAACGACUUUUUCCUGCAGUCACUUAUCGAUGAGCCGCAGACUCCGCGCGAGGAUGUCAAGCGGCAGAUUGCCGAGCAGUUUGGGUCGUUCGAGCGGUUCAAGGAGUCGUUCACGAGCAGCGCGCUGGCGCUGUUUGGCAAUGGCUGGACGUGGCUGGUAAUCAACGAGAGCGGGCAGCUGGCGGUCAUGAACACGUACAAUGGCGGAUCUCCGCUGACGGCAGUGCCGGGCAGCCGGGAUGUCAAAGUCAAGGGCAUUUCGUACUCGCAGGUGAUGCGCAACCGGGGCAAGCGCCCGUUCGUCAGGCUGACACCCGUGCUUGGACUCAGCAUGUGGCAGGAGGCGUACCUGCCAGACUACGGGCUCGACCGCGAGACGUAUGUGUCGCGCUUCUGGGACGUGAUCAACUGGAACGUGGUCCACGAGCGGCUGCUAAACACACGCAGCGGAUCGCAAAUGCCGCGCUAGAGCAGAACAAAAAAAAAAUACAAAACCGUCCACCAGCCUACAGCAUGUGAUCAACAAAUUAAACAUGCAGGAUCUGAUUAGUGUGUCGCGUUGUUGACGAUUACCAGGCUGGAGCGUUGUGCUGAAGCGUUUUCUUUACACCUCCCUUACCCCGGUUUUUUUACAUUUACUCUUUAACGAAUCGGCAUAAUGAAUCCAAGAC